AUGUGUGAAUUUUCUGAGAAUUGCUGUUCUGACUUCACGAAUUACUUCCCUGCCGGAUCUAUUUGUGCUGAAAAUGUAUCUAAAGUCAAGAACAAGAUAGCAUGGUUUUCUAAGAAACCCCGACCAUCAACAUCUUCUGCGAUUAGUCAUCAUGCUACUGAACUACGUGUAGGUGAGGAGUUAGGUAGAAGAAUGUCUUUCGAAGCUGGCUCCAGUAGCCAUGUUUCACAAGAAGAGCUUAGAGCGCUUCGAGGCUGUGUUUCAAAACGUCGAGCAAUGUUCUCAUCAGAUCAGAAUUCUUUAACAAUAAAUUCAAAGUGUGGGAAAGAGGGAAAUAUGCCUUUGUUACCCCACCCUCUCCAUCUUGCACAUGAUCGCUUUUUGUCCAGCAGUGAUAAUCACCUUUGUCAAAAUCGUAUCGAGUAUGACCGUCUCUCAAGCUUGAGCCAAUCAUCAAUUCCAGAUUCAGUGAGCGUGCAGUUCAGAUACGACAGUCACGAGUGUAUGUCCACUCUAAGCAGUGGCGGUAGUCAUUCAGAGCGAAUAGAAGUAUUGGACUGCUGCAAUAGCACUGCUUGUAAUUUCGCUGGCAACGAUUAUAGCCAACACCUACCCAAUGUACAUACAACACAAAGUAAGAAGAUGAAUCGAACAGAUGGUAACCAAAUUUUGUACGAUGAACAACAUAAUGAUUCUAAAAUAAUGUCAUCUCCGCUACUAAGAGUUUCUCAUGAUCAGUCUUACCACAACAGUUGGCCUAGACAUCGAGCGCACCCAGAUAGACUUUGUCAAUACACUUCUGCUCAGAGAAACAUGAGUCCCCGCCAAUUGUGCAGGCAAGAGCCAGCCAAUAUUGUACCUGCAGAUCUGCUCACAAGUAAUUUGAAAACAUCUGAACCUGAGAUUGUUGGAUCUAAGUCAAGUGUAUUUAGUGUUCAAAGCCACAAAUCAUAUGCAUCAUCUUCCGAAAGACCCCGCUUAAACUACAUAAAAGGUGUGGAUGGUGUAGAUUUCAAGCAAAAAACUGACAAAAUUGUUUCCUGGUUUAAGGAAUUUAAUGAUCAACAGCGCAACAUGCUCCUUCUCAAGCUGGUGGAUCGAAGCGAUUGUGCACAAAUGCACUUUUUAUCGCUUCAAAUGGAGCCCAUCUUACACAUGGGUUGUCCUCAUAACUGCCAGGAUCUUUUGUCAUGGCUACCUUCGUAUAUCACUGAAGAGGUCUUAGGAUACCUAGAUCCAGUUAGCCUUUGCAGAGCAAGUCAGGUCAGUUGUAGGUGGUAUCAGAUGAUCACCACCCAGAAAAAAUUGUGGAUGAACCUAUGCAAGCUCAAUCAAUGGCAGCUGUCUUCAUUUGGAGAAUCAUUAUUGAUAAAAUCACAUGUAUCACAAGAUGGCACUAUUCAGUGGAAAUCUGUGUUUGCUGAAAAGUUUAGACUAAAAAGAAAUUGGCUCAAAGGUUACUGUACAGUGCGGACAUUUGAAGGUCACACACAAGGAAUCUCUUGCAUACAGUUUGAUGACUUCAGAAUUGUUAGUGGUUCAUGGGAUAAGACAAUCAAGGUUUGGAACCGCCGCACAAAUACUGCCUGGGCUGCGUUAACAUUGGCUGGUCAUUCUGGAACAGUUCGUUGCCUUCAUCUUCACAGCAACCGCUUGGUUAGCGGGUCUGCUGACAGAACAAUCAAGGUGUGGGAUUUAUCAACAGACAAAGUUGGUUGGGUUGGUGCAGCUUGUCGAGCUACCAUGGUUGGCCAUCAACACACAGUGCGGUGUUUACAGGCUGAUGAUGAUAAGGUAAUUAGCGGGUCGUAUGACUUAACGUUGAAAGUUUGGGAUAUCAUAACGGGACAGUGCACAAAGACUCUUAGAGGGCACACUGAUGCAGUGCUAUGUUUACAGUUUGCUGAGGAUAAUGUUGUGUCUGGCUCAAAAGAUAUGACAAUCAAGGUGUGGUCUUUAUCAUCUGGAGUAUGCAAACUCACACUACAUGGUCAUCAAGCAGCUGUGACCUGUGUGCAGUUUGACAAAACCAAAAUCAUUAGUGGAGCACUGGAUACAUUGAUUAAAAUAUGGAAUUUUAACGAUGGACAGUGUGUUCGAACUAUGGAUUGGAUUCGUUCUGAAGGACAUACAGGAGUAAUAAGACACUUACAAGCUGACAACUGGAAAAUAAUUAGUGCAGCCGACGACAAGACAAUGAAGGUAUGGAGUGUUCACACGGGCAAUCGACUGCUGACUUUAAAGUCCCAUACUGAUGGCGUCACAUGUCUGCAGUUCAAUGACAAAGUUAUUGUUUCAGGUUCCUAUGAUCGAACUGUAAAAUUGUGGGACUUCUCAGCAUGCUAAAUACGAUUAGAGUUUCUGUAACACCUAUUUUUUUGUAACUGGAUGUUUUCCCUUUUUAUUUUUCUUGCGUUUCCUCA